CGGAGAGCAAGAGAUCAGCGGAGACGAAAAGAUGGCAGCGGCGGCCGCCCAGAAGAGACCCCUACCUCCCCAGAACAAGCUCCCUCCUCCUCCUCCUGCCGUUCGUCCCCGGCUCGACCCCAUUGAUCGGGAAAAGACUUGCCCCCUGUUGCUUCGAGUCUUUACUAAGAUUGGAAGUCAUCAUAGUGAAGAGGAGUUUGCAGUUAGGGGCAAGGAGCCUAAAGAUGAGGUUCAAAUUUACACAUGGAAAGAUGCAACACUCCGCGAGUUAACUGAUCUUGUCAAAGAGGUUGCUCCAGAGGCAAGAAGAAGGAAUGCAAAGUUGUCUUUUGCUUUUGUUUAUCCUGAUAAACGUGGUCGUUUUGUGAUGAGACUGGUGGGCAUGACCCAUUCUUAUGGAAAUGGCAGAAGACUAGAAGACAAUAAGGCACUGGCUGAACUUGGCUUCCAGAUUGGAGACUACUUGGAUGUGGCAAUUAUGUGAUGUGGCGGUGGCAUUGGUCUAUUUAGUUAUUAGUCUGUCUGUGACCGGUGGGACUUGUAAACACAUUUACAGCCUCUUUAGUUUGACAGGUGCCAUAUGUCCUCCUUCUGUCCAGCAUGUGGUGUGGAAAGCUUCUUUUUGCCUUAGUUUGAAUGGCUUGUGUGGUGGAAAUGCAUGUCACCGGCAUGUUAAUGUUCUAUUCCGUUUAUGACUAUUUCUGAUCUGCUCGUAAGUUAUCUAGUUAUCAAAUAGCGAAUUAUAUGUAUGCGCUGUAGAAACUUCACUAAAAGCAUUCAAGGAACGUGAUUUUUGCUGAAUCAAAUAUUUUCAU